GACAGACACACGGCGGCAUGCACGAGUAGCAAUGCUUGCAGGCAUUGACCUACGCAACGACAUUCUGCCCCAACUUCCUUGGCGCUUGUUUGGAUGAACUUAACAGUUAACCUCGAUUUUGGCUUACCAAACGCUGGUUGCACCCCACAUGUUGUUUUGAAAUUAUUGCUCAUGUUGUCCACCAAGGGCUUUAAGUUUAGGUGGCGAGCUGCAUGCGCGCUGACCGUGACAAUGACAUAGCUCUCUUUCGUCCAUAAGCAACUCGGUAAUAACCCUUACAACAGCGUCAAAAUCGCUGCUCAAAAUUAGCAGGCUAAACCAACGAUGGCAAAAUUGCACCGACGGGUGGUGGUGGCCUGAACGUGACGCCCCAUCCCAGAUGAGUUUGCGCAGAGGGUGCUAUAGCGCUCGGCAGCCGCAAGUGUCAUCCUGUGUGCUGCUAUGCUAUGCUUUACUACUAGCUUCAGCGAAUGCCGCUCGACAUGACCCUGCGGACCCGUCGCCACAGCAUCGCUCCAGCUUAAAAUCUUCGCAUACUAGCGAAGAUGACGCCAUGAAAACAAGCGGAAGUUAUGAUUCGCCGACGCGCGAUCUUGACCAGUCGACUCGACGCCAGCAACUUCCGCAUCUGCAAAGCACUUCAGUGGAAGGCCAAAGGACGUCCAGCUCUGCUGCACCAGAAGAGCAGCCAGCGCAACCCACCGGCGGCAUGGACUCCAUGGCUCGAGCUCGGCCCUGGCUGGACCGGGUUCCUGUGACUGGCGUCAUCGCGGAUCCUUGGACUGCUGCGCGGCGUCCAUUCCCCAGCCGCAGCCCCAGUCCAAGCCACCCCACCGCUCCUAAUCCACCCAUGGGGCCAACGGAAACGGACUCCCUGUCAAACUUCGGCCCGCAAGCUCCGGUGGACUGGACGUCUAGCACAGCGUUCCAUCCAUUGCAGAAGCAACCGCAGCGGACUUUGCCGUACUCGCCUGCUCACAUGAGCUCGGAUGAACGCUGGGGCACAGCCCCUAGCCGCCUGGAGGCCGCAACCAGCUCUGCAACUCUUGCAGCCAGUCCGGCAGCAACGACCGUCACUGCUGCUGGCGCUCCUCUCGGCGGCAGUGGCCACAGCGGCGGCACAACUGGCCUACCAGGGCUGCACCCGCUGAGGUGGCGGCGACAGCUGGGCGUCAAUUCAAAUUACUCCUAUUGUUUGACCGCCCCCACAGCGGACUGCUACCCCUGCAUGUCUGGCUACGAUGAGGACCCCUGCGCGACUGACGACCUGUACGGCCAGGACGACACCAAGUGCAGCCUGCCGUACUACUUCAACGGCAACGUGCCGGAUGAGAGCAUCUGCGGAGAUGAGGUCCGCCCCAGCAACGUGGGCCGGCUGGACUUGGUGUUCCCUGCCGCCCCCGCCACUCCGCUGGGGCAGCUGCUGGUGUUCAUGCAGCUGGACGGCCUGCUGACGGUGACUCUGCGCCUGGACUGCCCCUGGCUGGCCCGGGUGGACCCCGACCGCCCCGCCGCGCAGCUGCGGCUGGCGCUCAGCCACCCCAACGGCACCACGUGGGUUCGCUGGAGCAAUGCAACGCAGUCCGGAUCCUUGUUCCUGAGCUGCGCCUCCCUCUCCGUGCGCGCCAAGACCCUCGACCCCAGCCUGCCCGGCGACAACGGCUGUGACCCCAUCACCUACACCGCCUCCGUCAGCUUCCUGGCGGAGACGUACCAGGCGGACCCUUCCGACGGCCCCAACCCCGCGCAAUGCAGCCUCAACGACCCGGCCACCGCUGAUUCCCGGUUUUCCUUUUCGCUGCAGUACACGCCCAUCCAGUUCCGACCUCCCUCACCACCGCCCCACCCGCCGCCGCGGCCACCGGCGCCGCCCCUGCCCCCGACACCCUUCGUCCCCGACGCACCCGACGCGCCGCCAGACGCCCCGCCGGACCCGCCGCCGUCGCCGCCGUCACCGGCCCCGAGGCCUCCGCCGCCUUCGCCACCGCCGUCACCUCCGCCGUCGCCGCUGCCUCCGUCGCCGCUGCCUCCCGCACCUCCGCCGGUGCCGCCGCGGCCGCCGUCGCCUUCGCCACCACCUUCGCCGCAUCCGCCGCUGCCACCCUCCCCAUCACCGCCUUCGCCGCUGCCGCCAAGCCCGCUGCCGCCCUCCCCUCCGUCACCGCCUCCGUCACCUCCAUCGCCGUCGCCGCCGCUGCCACCAUCACCCUCCCCUCCCGAACCUCCUUCGCCUCCACCUUCGCCGCCGUCGCCCUCGCCGCCGCCGUCACCGCCACCCGAUCCACCCUCGCCGCCGUCACCGCCACCCAGUCCCGAGCCCUCGCCGCCCCCAAGCCCCACGCCGCCAUACCCUGACCCGCCGCUGCCGCCCUCGCCGCUCCCGCCGGCCUACCCCCCGCACCCUCCCUCGCCGCUGCCGCCUUCUCCCGACCCUCCAUCACCUCAGCCCAGUCCGCUCCCUCCCAGCCCCAACCCUCUGCCCCCGCCCCCUCCACCUGAUCCUCCGUCGCCGUCGCCUCCCAGCCCGCCGCCGUCGCCCAAGCCGCCAUCCCCUCCGCCGUCACCUCCCUCGCCCCUGCCGCCAUCUCCGCAGCCUCCCUCGCCGCCACUGCCGCCGUCGCCGCUGCCGCCGUCACCCAAGCCUCCCUCCCCGCCACCACCGCCCCCCUCACCCCCACUACCACCCUCGCCGCUGCCACCAUCGCCCAAUCCUCCCUCGCCCCCGCUGCCGCCGUCGCCGCUGCCGCCCUCACCCAAGCCCCCCUCACCGCCUCCCUCACCACCCAGCCCCAACCCGCCGCUGCCUCCCAGUCCGCUCCCUCCCAGCCCACCCAGCCCCCCACCGCCCCCGCCGCCCUCCCCACAUCCUCCCCUACCUCCUUCACCUCCGUUGCCUCCCAGCCCCACACCCCCAAGCCCACCCCUUCCGCCUUCGCCUCCGCCACCUCCGUCGCCGGGACCCCCGAGCCCUCGACCACCAUCUCCGCCUCCGCCGCUGCCGCCGUCGCCGCCACUGCCACCCGUGCCGCCGUCGCCUCCGCCGGCGCCGUACCCUCCUCGGCAGCCCCGCCGGCCCUAUCCGCCGCCGCGGCCCUCCCCGCCACCCCACUCCAGGUACCCCGGCCCCCCCUCGCCGCCGCCCAGUCCACCCGACCCUCCCAGCCCGCCGCCACUGCCGCCGUCACCGCCGCCUCGGGCGCCGUACGUGCCACGUCGCCCCUGGCCUCCACCCAGGCCCCCUAGGCCACCGCCCAAGCCGCCAACCCAGCCCGGGGGUGCGGAUCCGCCGCCGCCGCCACCUCCACCUCCGCCACCGCCCGACUUCCCACCACUCUUCCCGCCCAAGCCGCCUGCGCCGCCACCCUCCCCGCCCCUUCCGCCGUCGCCUUCGCCUCCACCACCCUCGCCGCCACCCACUCCCCCGUCGCCACCCGUGCCUCUGCCCGCGCCGCCGGCGCCCCCGCCCCCGCCGCCGUCACCGCCCAGCCCGCCGUCACUCCCACCCUCCCCGCCUCAAUCCCCGCCACAAUCGGGUUGUCUACGUGUAACAGCACGCAACGGACGAAUGUACAGUGACGGAAUCCUGACGGAUCUCGGGAAUGUGACCAUAAGCUCCUACGACGCUCAUACAAUCAAGCUAGACGUCUCCCUGAGUCGCUACUUCGCUCCCGGCGACAGCACCGUCGGACUGGAUAUCUGGCAGCAGGCGGCGGGUGCUGCAGCGCCCACCGGGUGUCCGGCGCCGUCGGAUCUUGGAUCGCCCGGCAGCGGCGGUUUCCGUACGACGGUUGACUGCAACAGCCGUACGACGGGGGUUCUGGUGGACGUCUCCACGUUGCUGCCGUGCUACUACCAAAGCACGGGGAUCUCCGACAGUUUCAUCUUGUGGCUAGCAGUGGACACCUCCGUAUCGGCCUGCUCCAACGCCUCCGGCACCGCCACGGCCUGGGGCGGCACCUCCGUGUCGCGCCUCACCUCCGCCGGCUGCUCCUACUUCCCUUUCACACUCACUUGUGACAACAACUGCUAUCCCUCCCCGCCGCCGCCACCCUCCCCGCCACCGCCACAGCCGCCCUCUCCCUCGCCGCCGCCACUGCCGCCCUCACCACUACCCCCGCCGCGGCUUCCGCCGCCAAGCCCUUUUCCUCGGCCGCCCCCAGCGCCGCCGCCCAUGCCCCCCACCCCCGUGCCUCCUUCCCCGAAUCCCUCGCCGCCGCCGCCGUCACCCUCGCCACCAGCACAACCACCCUUGCCUGGACUCCCACCCUCGCCGCCCUCACCACCGCCACAGCCGCCGUCCGAGCCCCCGUUUCCCCGGCCCCCGCCGGAGCCUCCGCUGCCGCCCCCGUCACCUCCGUCACCGCCCAGCCCCCCUCCAAGCCCGCCGGCACCACCGCAAUCACCGCCUGGGCCGCCCUCAUCGCCACCGCUGCCUCCGUCGCCACCCGUGACACCUCCUAGUCCACCAUUGCCGUCGGCGCCACCGUCACCUCCGGAACCUCCCAGCCCACCUCCCAGCCCGCCGGCGCCUCCAGACCCUUCCAGCCCGCCUCCCGAUCCACCGUCGCCGCCGCUGCCGCCAAGCCCUCCUCCAGACCCGCCGUCGCCGCCGCUCCCUCCCAGCCCUCCUCCAGGGCCGCCGUCGCCGCCGCUCCCUCCCAGCCCGCCUCCCGACCCGCCGGCGCCGCCGCUACCCCCAAGCCCGCCUCCCGAUCCACCGUCGCCGCCGCUGCCGCCAAGCCCUCCUCCAGACCCGCCGUCGCCGCCUUUGCCGCCAAGCCCUCCUCCAGAUCCGCCGUCGCCGCCGCUGCCGCCAAGCCCUCCUCCAGACCCGCCGGCACCGCCGCUCCCUCCCAGCCCUCCUCCAGGCCCGCCGUCGCCGCCGCUGCCGCCAAGCCCACCUCCCGACCCGCCGUCGCCGCCGCUCCCUCCCAGCCCUCCUCCAGACCCGCCGUCGCCGCCGCUACCUCCCAGCCCUCCUCCAGGCCCGCCGUCGCCGCCGCUGCCGCCAAGCCCGCCUCCCGAUCCACCAUCGCCGCCGCUACCUCCCAGCCCUCCUCCAGGCCCGCCGUCGCCGCCGCUGCCGCCAAGCCCACCUCCCGACCCACCGUCGCCGCCGCUACCUCCCAGUCCUCCUCCAGGGCCGCCGUCGCCGCCGCUCCCUCCUAGUCCUCCUCCAGACCCGCCGUCGCCGCCUUUGCCGCCAAGCCCGCCUCCCGAUCCACCAUCGCCGCCGCUCCCUCCCAGCCCUCCUCCAGGACCGCCGUCGCCGCCGCUGCCGCCAAGCCCGCCUCCCGACCCGCCGGCGCCGCCGCUACCUCCCAGCCCUCCUCCAGGACCGCCGUCGCCGCCGCUCCCUCCCAGCCCUCCUCCAGACCCGCCGUCGCCGCCGCUCCCUCCCAGCCCUCCUCCAGGCCCGCCGUCGCCGCCGCUGCCGCCAAGCCCGCCUCCCGAUCCACCAUCGCCGCCGCUACCUCCCAGCCCUCCUCCAGGACCGCCGUCGCCGCCGCUGCCGCCAAGCCCACCUCCCGACCCACCGUCGCCGCCGCUCCCUCCCAGUCCUCCUCCCGACCCACCUUUGCCGCCGCUCCCUCCAAGCCCGCCCCCCGACCCGCCGGCGCCGCCGCUGCCGCCAAGCCCGCCCCCCGACCCUCCGUCUCCGCCGUUUCCACCCAGCCCUCCGCUAAGCCCGCGGCCGCCGCUAUCGCCCCCAUCGCCGCCUGCACCGCCCAGCCCUCCUCUCAGCCCACCAUCGCCGGGACCGCCUAGCCCACCCCCAAGCCGGCCUUUACCGCCGUCGCCGCCCAGUCCUCCACCUCGCCCGCCUUCGCCAUCUCCUCCUUCACCUCCGUCGCCGCCAAGGCUUCCUUCCCCUCCGCCGCCUGCACCUCCGUCACCACUCCCUCCAUCCCCUCCGUCUGCACCCGACCCUCCUCUGCGUCCUCCACCGCCGCCCCUUCCACCGCGCCACCCGCCUUCUCCUCCGCCUCCUCCAACACCGCAACCACCGCCGCCAUCACCACCCACCCCACCACCGUCGCCGCCACCAGUCCCGCCGCCGUCACCGCCGCCGCUGCCACCAGCGCCUCCUUCUCCCGGCCCGCCGGGAAGUGUUCAAAUCCUGCAGGCCCCGCCGCCGCGGCUGCCUCCCAGCGGUGGCGGUGUCAUUGUCGUACCGUUACCGCCGCCGCCUGGCACCUCCGUCACCGCUUACGAAGCGGUGAUCACUCUUGGAUCCGCGCUCUACGCCAACACGACGUUGCCGUACUUGGAGGGCGCCGUACUGCAGUUGGAUUGCAACACCCUCACUGCCACGGCGCAUUUCCAGGGCGACUCCCCCUACGCCAGCUGCGACUCGGGCGUGCAGUACUCCCUGCUGUCCGCGCUGUCGGGGCUGCUGGGCGGCUUCCCCACCGCCAACAUGAGCACCGCAUGCAGCCUGCAGCAGCAGCAGGGGAGCAGCAGCAGCAGCAGCAGCGGGCGCAGGAGGCUGCAGGGGGGGCAGCAGGGGGCCCAGCAGGGGCGGCGGCGGCAGCUAAGCGACGAUACGGGCGUCUGCACCUACUCAGUGACCAACAACAUCACGUUCAGGCUUGACCCGGCCACUCCCAUCGAUGUCUUCCGCUCCUCCGUCUUCCACGCGCUCUCGGACGGCGGGGUGGCGGGGGUGUGUCCGCUGGGGCCGCUGGCGGGGGAGUGGGCGGCAGCAGGGGCCACGGUCCGUGCCCUAUCCGCAGCGGCAGGCGGCGCCUACACCGACUGCAGCGCCCUCAGCGCCGCCGCCCUCGCAGCCCUGCAAGCCGCCUCACUGGCCGCCUCCACCGCCGCCCCCUCAUGCACCACCGUCCAGUACUCGGGCACCCUGCCGGUCGUCACAGUGGAUGGGGGCGGCGGUAGCGGCUCCAAAGGGGGCGGCACCUCGCCCCCCAUGUUGAUCAUUAUCGGGGCGGCGGCGGGCGGUGCCGUACUGCUGGGGCUGCUGCUGGCGGCGUUGUGCUGGCGCCGCUGCUGCCGCUGCCUGCCGUGCGUCCCCAAGACCACCCAACCCCAGGGAGGGAAGGUGGCUGAUGAGAAGGACGCCGACGGUGCCGCCCCGGACGGUCAGGGAGCGCAGGAAGGAGCCCGCCUCUGGGCGCAACCCGUGACCCCGCCAGGAGAAGGAUCCGGGAAGGACGGAGGCGCCGCCGCCGCCGCCGCUGCGGCUGUUCUUGCCAAGUCCGCUCCCUCGACUGAUGGCGACGGCAGCAGCGCUAGCGGCAGCGGAAGCGGCGGGGCUGCACGCGGGUCCGCCUCUGACGUCAACGCCGCCAGCGUCUCCGCCGCUGACGGAGGCGGCGGACACAAUGUGGAGGCGGCGGGCGACGGCGGUGUUGGUUCAGGCGGCGGCGGCGGUGCCGUCAAGACCGCCGUACUCAAGGCUCGCAACCUGCCAGCCAUCAAGCCCAGGACGGCGGCCGCAGUGGAGUACGAGGGGCCCUGCUCCCCGGACUCGGUGCCCACGGAGCACCUAGCGGGUGACGGCAGCGGUGGCGCCGCAGUGGCGGUUGCGUCGGCAGCCGCGCCGGGCAUCGGUGGCCCAGAGGACGGAGGCGGCGGCACCGACGGCGGCGGCGGAUUGAAGCGACCGGCGCUGCCGCCGAUUCGCGCUUCUGUACACAAGCUGCCUGAACUGGACCCCGCCCUGGGUCGGCGCUCCCUAACGUUCAAGAAGGUGCUGCCCACCCUGGUCAGCCCCAGCCGUCGUGUCAGCGGCGUCAUGCCAGUAGACGAUCCCAACGCUGCCGGCGGCGGUGAUUCGCCGUCCUCGGGGACCCUGUACGGCGCGCCAGGCGUGUUGCCGCAGCUCCCGCCACUCAAGGCCCGCAAAUCCGCGCUUCCAGCGCUGUCUAGCCCCGCCGCUGCCGCCGCCACCGCUGCCGCUGCUGCCGCUGCCGCUGCUAGCAACCCCUUCGCCAAGUCGGUCCUGCCCGGCCUGCAUGCGCGGGAGGGCGGCGGGGAGGCCCUGUCCCCUGCUUCCACGCUGCCGGGCGUCCUGCACACUGCCUCGAUGGACGCGGCGCUGGUGCGGGAGGUGACGGCACAGAUGGAGGCAGCCGCGGCGCUGCAGCAGCAGCAGCAAGGGGAGGGCGAUGGAGGUGCAGGUGGAGGUGCAGGCGCUUCAGGACUGCUAGUGGCCGCGGAUGGAGGCGGCGCCUUCUCAGCGACUGCGGCGGGUGGUCCCCACGGCGCCAGUGGCGGCAGUGGGCUGUUCGUGCGGGGUAGUGAGGUGGCUGGCGGGGUGGGGGGCGGCACCUCGCUCAAGGUGCCCGUGCUGCCGGAUUUUGCGGGCGACGAUGCUGUCGAUGAUGAGGCCGACGCCGCCGCAGCAGCUGGUGCUGGUGCUGGCGGCGGCGGCGGCAGAGAUGGCGCUGCAUCUCGUCAAAGUCAGACGAGCGGGACCUUAGGCGAGGCCGCCGCCGCCGCCAGUGGAGAGGGCAGCCAAUCCAAGGGGGGCUUCUUCUCGCGGCUGCGAGGCGUUUUCGGCGGCGGGGCGGACGAAGGAGGCCAGCACGCCGUAUCUCCAACAUCGCCGCUGCCUUCUAUGGCCGAGCUUGACGCCCAAGCAGCAGGGGCUAGGGCUGCGCCUAAGGCUGCUGCGAGUACUAGUAACGGCGGCGGAGCUGCUACCGGCAGUGAUGGCGCCGGCGGAGCGCGCACCUGGCGUCAAGGAGCCGGCGUUGGCGAGGAGGAGGCCCCAGGAGGCAAUGAGGAGGGUGCUUUGGAAAGCAGCGGACGCGGACCGCGUACGGGCGCCAGGUUGUGGCAGUACGGCAGCGGCGGUGGCAGCGACGCUGAUGCUGCCUCACCUGGCGGUGGCGCCUCCGCCAAGGCAAGCAGCUUGCCGCCCAUCUUUGGCCGCGCCACCGGGUUAGGCGACCCGCCUCGGGACGCCGCGGUGUUGAGUGGGGACAUUGGUGAGGACUUGGAGGCUGGCGGCGGCGUAACCGGCGGCAGCAAGCGUGCCGUACCUUUCAAACGUCCCGGCGGUGGCCUCAGCGGCGACAUGGACGAUGAGGUACAUGGACCCGGUGGUACGGCAGGUAAGAACGGUACGGCAGCCACUCAGCGUGCCGUACGAUGGAAGCAUGGUGCCGACGGCGACGGCGGCGACAUCGAUGAUGAAGAGUCGUCGUCGGCGGCGGCGCUAACCCAGGCGGGUCGUGAUAAACGAGGCAUGCACUUCAACCGCCCUGGCGGUGGUCACGACGGCGAGUUUGACGACGAGGCUAGUAACGCUGCAGCGGCAGCUGGCGGCGCCGCUGCUGCAGGGGCAGCUGGUCACGCCAGGGACUUCAAGUACGCUGGCGACGGCCUGGGUGGAGGGAUGGCGGAGGAAGACGCGGCGGCGGCAGCAGCCCAAGGCGGCGGCGGCGCCGCCGGCCGGCGUGGUAUGCACUUCAACCGCCCCAGCGGAGGUCAGGACGGCGAGUUUGAUGACGAAGGCUCUGCCGCGGCGGAGGAAGCGCCGUCCAAGACCGCCGCGGCUGGCGGCGCCCGCAGCCGGCAGUUCCACCGGCCAGGUGACGCGAACAAUGGAGGCCUGCAGGAGGAGGAGGCGAGCGCAGAGGCGGCGGUGGGGCUUUCCCCGGCUGGCCGAGCACCGCUGCCACCCCAGAUCCGGGGCUUUCAGAGACCCGACAAGGGCGGCCAGCAAGGCGCAUUCGACGCAGAGGCUGCCGCCGCCCAGGCCGCUGCUGCUGCGGGGGCGGGGGCAGCGGGUGCUUCCGGCAAGCAGGCGCGGCAGCUCAAGUUCGCAGGCGGCCUUGACAAUAUCGACGAAGGGGAUCUGGAGGAGGAGCAGGGCCCGACGGGGCAGCCGGGGGCCGCACCGGCGGCGGGAACGAGGACCGGAGGUAAUCGCAGUGUACGGCAGUUCAAGCACGCGGAGGGCACGUACGGCGCCGACGAAGACCUGAGUGAGGACGAGCUGCUGGCGGAGGGCGACCCACGGGACACUCUGCCUGCGAACGCCACUGAGGAGGAGCGGCGCCAGUUCCUGAUGCGCUGGACCACCCGCGGCCCCACCUACGGCGAUGACAAGAUCGGACCUGUAGACCUGAUGCGGCUGCAGGAGGAGCAGCGCAGGCAGGCGCAGCUGACCCGCGCCAACAAGGCCUGGCAGUCACAGGAGUCCAUAAGAGCGCGGGGUCGGGAGGGGGCGCUUGGAGCAAGCCGGAGGCAUUGAGCUGCGUUUCGUUGCGGAGGAGCCGUAGGGGCGCGCUGUUGGCAUGGGCAGGUUUUGGUACUUGAAAAGGGAUCGUAAUUCAUGAACGAAUGAUGCUGUGGUGUUGAAAAGAACGUGAUCAUGAACGAACGGGCAAUGUGCCGUAACGAAUGGGAGGUAGGUUGCAGUUGGUUUAUUGAUGUCUUUGCGCGUGUGUGUAGCUGUUGGCGGCUGCCAGGUUGCAGGUCGCCCGGGGGCUUGCAAUGUUGGGCGGUGUUGGCGGGUUGAGGGUGCUGGCGAGCGGCCACGAAAGGGCGAGUGGCUUGCGUUGGCAGGGCACUGCUGUUGCCCAAUGCAACUUGCAGUUGCUGAGGCGCAGCGAGGGGAGCGAGGUAGCAAGCCACUAAAAAGCUUUCUCAGAUUGGGCCGGGUUCCGUGAAAUGAAGUCCAACGUACUAAUAGUACACCCCUCUCAAACAGACUACCGGUAUGUGUUGUUUGACGACUUGGCGUGCACCAUGCCACUGUCGGCGUCGUGACGUGUGUGACGAUUGAUGACCUCCACGACGUGACGUAACCGAGUGACGUUCAUUCUUUUAGGGGGGUACGGCUGGCUCGGCCCAUUGGGGUUUGGCAGGUUGGUCUGACCUGGCAACAUGACGUAGCGCAUAUGGUCGUAUGGCCCUGAUAGGAGGGCAUGCUGUUAUUAAUGCUCAGCUAGUGUCCAUGGCUGCAUUCCUUCAUUGUACAUCUUUCGUACUUGUACCCUGUCGUAUCAUAGCUGUAGUACACACAUCUCACUGGGAAUUCGUUGCAUUGUUCGGAAUGGAACGAGAGAAUACCUCCUGUUGUUGUUUCCUGUGCAUAUGUGCGGUGCUCGAGGUGCUGUUGAUGAGACAUGUACGGUAGGACAGGACCAUUCUGCCGAGCUGCAUGAUACACAAGUCGCAUCACCCCGCACCCCGCAUGUAGUGGCUCCUGCUAUGUGUUGUAGCACAUGCUCCCGCCGUGACGGCGGUGUGCGCUCCUUAUUGGGUUUGUUUGUGACGUUACCUUGUCGACUAACCGUCUUCCAUGACGUGCCGUGCUUUGACGCGCGGUCAGAUCCGCCGCAUGUGUCAUUGCGUGUGCGACAGCGGGGUCUGCUGCAACAGUCUGCGGACGGAGUGUGGGGCCCCUGCUUGGCGCUGUUACCCGCAGGAGUUGGGACCGCAGCGGGUGCUUGCUUCUGGUUGCAAAGGGCAAUGAGGUGGUGGCGGUGGCAGUGGUAGUGAGGUGGUGGUGAUGGGGGGCCAUGCGAGGUGCGAGCGUUCGGAUGGAGCUGCUGAUCAAAGCGGGCUGAAAGAGGAGGGGCGCAUGUCGUAGGUCGUAGCAGUCUCCCGUGGCUGUUUGGGUACGGCAAUGAGAUGGGGAAAAACAGGAUGUACCGGUGUGCACAUUGACAACCUCGCAUGCUGAGGGCCCCAUGCACGCGACUCAGUCUCUUAAGUGCUAGACGAUCCUGAGGAUACUACGUAAGCCUCCUCAUGCUUGUGCCUCUCAACAAAGCAGC